CUGAGGCCUCGCCAUUCCCGGUUCAACGUUUGGGCCUAAACGCCGUUUGUUUGGCCAACGCGCACCGCCGAGCUGUCUUUCGUUCGUUCGCUCGCUCGCUCGUUCGCUGUCGUCGUCGCGUCGGUGGGUCUGGUCUAUACCUCGGCUUGCCUCGCCUCGCCCCGCUCGCUGCUCGCUUUCUUUGUACGUGUGCGCCUGUGUGUUCGCCUGUGUGCGCGUGUGUGUGUGUGUUAACAAAAUGUGAUUAGCAAAAAAUACAAAGAAAUCAAAUCAGGCAUAGUGGAACGCAGGGCAUUGUGGCUAAAACAACGGCAGCGUUGGCGCACUCACACAUCAGGAGUUCCAGUGCCAGUGCCAGUGCCAGUUCCAAUAAAGAACAAAUAAUUCAAGAUAUACGCCAACAAAAUAUACGAAAAUUUGCAUAAAAAGCAAUGCGCUGGCGCUGCAACAAAGCAAGGCCCUAAAAAAAAUAAGUAACACUAACGACAAUACCCAGUUUUUUUCUGCUUUAUCGGCAACACCAGCAGCAGCAGCAGCAACAGCAGCAACAGCAGCAGUAACAAUUAAAUUAAUAUUGAACUACACCCAAAGCGAGAGCGGCUGUGCGGCUGACUUGGCCAACAGCAACAGCAACAUUUUCUACCUUUUCAACCAGCCACAAAGAGAGCAGAGCAAAGCGAGAAAGAAAGAGAGAGAGACGGAGAGAGAGAGAGAGAAGGAGAAGGAGAGCUACUUCGACCAGUUCCAGCAGUUUGUUGCACCACUGAUAUGGCCAGCUGUCUGCCAGCCUCAGAUGCAAUUCGCUGCCACAGAUGAGGCACCGCUGGCCAAGAGGGCCACUGACUGACCAGCAGCCAUUUCCAUUCCCGGAAGCCACCUGCCCCAGCUGAGCUGCAGCGCACCGAACCCCGCACGAGAUGCACGACCUCUUCACGAAAGUGCUCGCCAAGCGCGACUUGUCCCGGGCCGGGGAUCUCUUCUCCGUGCCCGAUGCGGACAUUGUGGACGACAUAACGGAGGUGCUAUCGGAGAUCAGCCCGAUCAUCUCGCAUGCGGACUACGUGAAGAACAACAACGACCAGAGCGUCGUGGAGAUCUGUGUGACGCGGGUGCUGUCCUGCAUCCGGGAGACGCGCAGUGCGGAGCGCUACUGUGCCGCCCUGGUCGAACUGCUGAAGACCUGCCUGCUGUGGAACCUGCAGCCCUCCAGCGCCACAAAGGAGGAGCCGCCGCAUGCCAAGAUCGCCGCUGACAUUAUCUCAAGCAUAUUUCUAAACUACGAUAAGAAAGAACUGAUGAAAAUUGCGCUGCCCAUUGCCGUGCAGUUCCUGCCGAAGGGCAACAAGGAGCUGUCGCGCAACCUGGCCAGCUACCUGUCGCUGGCGGCCAUCGACCACGCCAUUCUGCUGAGUCCGCACACGGAGUCCGUGAUGGAGUCCAUACUCUCCGGCAACUACGGACUGCUGCGCGUCCUCUCGCAGGUGUACGAGGUCUCGCCCGAGGCGGUGACACCGCACGCGCCGCUGCUCAUGCCCCUGCUGCCCCAGUGCGAUCCGCAGGAGCGCAUGGCCGUCUUCCAGCUCUACCUGCUGAUCGUGCAAAAGUCGCCCGAGGUGCUGGAGCAGUGCGUGCCACAGCUGUGCGGCUUCCUGCUCGACAGCGACACCUCCAGCAUCACCAUGCCGAUCCUGCUCAAGCUCUCGCAGCACGCCCCCCACCUGCUCGUCGACCACUUUGAGCAGCUUCGUCUGGCGGCCAAGACGAACCCCGGCACGGUGACGCUGUGUGCCCAGAUCCUCACCAACGCGGGCAUCGGCAGCAAGGAGACCGCCCAGCAGGCGCUCGACUUUGUGCUGGAGCACCUGCCCACCCAGGCGCUGCUGCAGCAGGAGGCCACGCGGCUGUGCUCGGCCUAUCCGGUGCUCUUCACGGACAAGGUGCUGGCCUGCGUGCGGCAGAAGAACGCGGCACUCAGCUCCCAGCAGGAUGUGGGCAGUGCAUCCGCCAACAAGACCUCCGGCGGCGUCACCAUUGUCAGCCUGAACAGCACCAGCAACAGCACCAGCACCAGCUCCAGCCCAAGUCCCCCGCUGAAGCCAGGAGCUCCCGCUGCCGCACCGAUCAUCCAACAGACGGCCACCACCACCGGCAGCAGCAGCAGCAGCAGCACCGUCAAUGCCACGCCCAGUGCGGCUCCAAUCUGUGCGCCCAUCGCCACAUCGACGCCAACGCCCACUCCGCAGCACGCGGGCUACACGCGACGCGUGAAACUGGGCGACUCGCGGAGCACGGGCCGCCUGCAUCCCGCCAGCAACACCCACAGGAGCGUGACGCGGCUGAACGUGGCCAGCGGCUCCGUCGGGGGCCUCCACAAGAGCAUGACGCGGCUGAGCAACUCGCAGAUAAGCCAACAGCCCGGCGGCAGCUCAAACGGGAACGUUGUGGUGCAGUCGGGCGCCACGCCCAAGACACCGGCGACGUUCAGCAACCCACCGGUGACGCCUGUGCCGCCGCUGAGCAACAACGUGGUCAUCACUGGCCACAACAAGCACGGGAUUCCCGUGACCUCCGGCGGGGUGACUGUCACCACGUCGCCAUCGAAGGUGCGGCCCCAUUCGCAGGGGCCCUCGACGCUGCUCAACUCCAGCACGGUGCUGAUGAAGUACAGCACGGAUGCGCUGAAUCAGUCGGUGGGCUCGAUCUCCAUACCUCCAGCCUCGGCGGCAGCAGCAGCAGCAGCAGCGGCAGCGGCUGCAUCUGCAUCUGCGGCCCCUUCACAGCAGCCGCAGAAUGCGGUGUCCGUGCACCAUGCCUCGCCAGCACUGCCCACCGCAUCCUCCGGCAACGGCAACGGCAAUGCAAAGUCGGUGAUGAAGCUACCCGUAAACGGGAAUAGCGAAGUGAUUGUCUCGGGUCCCACCACCAAUGUGGCGCCGCGCCGCAGCGACAACACCAGCCGGACCCUCCUCAAUGCCAACAGUGUGAUGGACCAGAGGAUGAGCACCUUCGAGCCGUACCAGAUAAUGCGCGAUCCCGUCCAGCAGUUCUGCGAGAAGAACUUCAAUUCGAUCAAGUCGUACAUGGACGAGGUCUCGCAGCAUCUGCCACCACCCACGCGCUGCAGCAUCGAGGAGCGACGAACGAAGAAGGUGGCCAAGCUGCAUUUCGCUUGCCAGAUACGCGGUCCCCACUGCCUCUACUCGAAGACAUGCUUCACGAUGCGCACCCGCAACCCCAAGACCUGGAUACACAUGAUGUUCCUGGACUUUCAAGUGCGGCACUUUGUGAAGGAGAAGUGCGUGCUGAGCACACGCGAGUCCGGCAUCAGCAAUCUCAAGAACAUCUGGCAGAUACUCAAGUGCGAGAACAGAAGCUUCACGGAGCUGGUCACCAGCCAAUUUCCGCAGGUCAAAGACCGCGAGAUACUUGUGAAUGAGCUGCGGCACUCGGGAUUUUUGGAUGUGUUCGAGGUAUCCAUCACCGACAAAUCCAAUCCGAAUUGCAACGAACUGGAGUACCAGUGGGGCUGCUUCCUGUGCAAUCAUCCGGACAAGGCGGUGGGCUUCCUCAACGGCAGCAACCAGCCCAUGAUUGAGGGCCAGCUGAAGGAGAAGAAGGGCAAGUGGCGGCUCUUCAGGCGCUGGCGGACGCGCUACUUCACGCUGUCCGGCGCCCAUCUCUCAUGCAAGGGAUCGAGCGGUGGAGAGAGCAUCGAUGUGAACCAGAUCCGAUCGGUAAAGGUGUCGCGAGGGGCACGCAAUAUACCGAAGGCGUUCGAGAUCUUCACCGCCGACCAGACACUAAUACUCAAGCCCAAGGACGGCAAGAAUGCCGAGGAGUGGGUGCAGUGCCUCAGCAUUGUGGUGGCGCAUUCGCAGGCUCGCGACAACCCCACGGCAAAGACGAACAGCCUGCCGGCCCGCAGCAUGGGCAGCAGCAAGCCCUCCUUCUAGGAUGCUAAGAUGAGGAGCACACCACAUUGUGAGAUUAUUUGUAAAUGUAAAGACAGAGCAACCCACAACACACACAAAAGACAGGGGAAGACAACGGCGACCAGAGGACAGCUGUAUUCCCCCCACCCCUCCACGCACUAAAUACACCAUAUAUACAAUAUAUAUUACUCUAUAUAUAUAUAUAUAUAUACACAGCAUACAUGCAUACAUAUAUGAUGUACUUAUUAUCCAUAGACUUAUCUAGCAAGUACUUACCAUUUUUCAAGGGAUUUCAAAAAUUUUGCGAAAUUGUUUUUUCAUUCAUAGUUGAUUUUUAUUUUAUACAUACAUACAUACAUGCAUACAUACAUACAUAUGUAUGCAUGUAUUUAGUUUAUGCUUAUUUAUUGUACGUGUAUUAAACAAACAGCUUGCUUUCAAAGUCGUAUCGAGGGAGUUUCACCUGCUCUACGCCACUCUAUGCUAAAGCAGAAAUAUCUACAUAAAAUCAGAGCUAAGACUUAUGGCCAUAAUGGCAGGGAGUUUGUUUUGGAUAUCUACUGCAUUGCCCAGUGGAAAAUGGACACGGAUGGAGAGUUCACCAGGAAUCUUUGCUAUCGGAUAAAACGAAGUUGAUAAAACAUCUUUUCACGCAUCACGUUGCUG